AUGGAGCAGAAGCCAGCUACUCGAAUCUACGAUGGAUAUACGGCCUGUCCUGUCUUGCUGGGGGACAGCAAGCUCAUGUUGGCGGAGUUCAACGGUUACACCAUGGAGGCCAUCCCGACCUUCAAGCCGUUGAAUCAAACGAAACCCAAUACCUUCUUCUUUUGGUUGAAACGCUAUGUCUUUGAGCAUGUCUAUUGGCAUGCCAUGCCCAAUGGCCGAUGGUAUGGCAAGUACAUGUUCUGGGAGCCUUGGGAGCAGCACAAGAAGGCCAAGGGGAUGUGUUCGCGCAGGCUGCGCCAACUCCCUCAGAGCACGCGGCCCUCAAAGCGCAGCUGA